AAAUAAUCGUUACAUCUGCGUGCUGGCAAAGUAACGUGUUAUACAAAAUAUCAAAUCAGUGAAAUGGAAAACGUUAUCAUAAAUCGUAGAUCCGAUAUUGCAAGCACUAGCACGCGUAAAUCACACCUAAUUUAAGCCAGCUGACCAGGGCGGUGGAUCGACACUUGCUUCACACUGAGCUCGACUUCAGUACGGAGAACACUGACGAUGAAGAGUCUGUGGUUGCUGGUGGCCGUGGCGGCCUGCGAAGCCUUCCCGGGGGCGCGGCAGUCUACAGGAUGUUCUGGGAGCAUCACCCUUCAGGCUGGCGGGAGCGUGCGGCUGACUUCCCCGAGUGGCUAUGGCACAAGCGGCGUGACCUGCUUCUGGGAAGCCGUUUCUCCGGCCGGCACCACCAUGACGCUGUCUUGCCCCGAUUUCCGUGUGCUCACCGAUGGGCAGUACUGCACUGACGUCUUCUACUUCUCUCCUUCCGGGUCUUAUUAUGAUUACAGGUAUUACUGCGGUUCCGGGACGCUGACUGUCUCCACCAAGAGCAACGUGUUCAAAGCCGCUUUUUACGCUAGCGAAAAAGGAUCUGCCGUUUAUUCGUACUUCGACUGCGUGCUGAAGGUCGUCGCGAGCACGUGCGAGUGCGGCUCGAAGGGCACUGCCAGGGUCGUGGGGGGACAGAACGCCGACGUCGGCGAGUGGCCGUGGCAGGCGGCGCUGCGGCGGAAGCUGGCCUUCCAGGAGGUGUUCUGCGGCGCGACGCUCAUUCAGCAGGAGUGGCUGGUGACCUCCGCCCACUGCGCCGUCGCGUAUCCCAAGGAGGAUCUCUACGUCACCCUUGGGGACCACCAGAAGGACCAAAAUGGCGAGACGCCCUUCGAGAGGACUUUCGAAAUCGCCGAGGUGAUUGUUCACGAAAACUACAAUGCCAACACGGUCGAUAACGACAUCGCUCUCAUUCGCCUGAGUUCGGCGGCGUCCUACAGCCGAGGCGUGGGGCCGAUCUGCCUGCCCUUCCAGUUCGCCUCUCUGGACUUCCAGGGCGAGGCGGGCACCGUGACCGGCUGGGGCAGGACGGACUACCUGGGGUCACCGAGCAACGUGCUGCAGGAGGUGGAGCUGCCAAUCCUUACGACGGCCGAGUGCCAGCAGUACCUCAAGAGCACAAUCACGGACAACAUGAUGUGCACCUACAGGGAAGGUCAGGAUGCCUGCCUGGGGGACUCCGGAGGCCCUCUCAGCUGGGCGAGGGGCGGGCGGCACUACCUGGUGGGCGUCGUGUCCUGGGGCAUGGGCUGUGCCAGGCCAGAGAGGCCGGGAGUCUAUGCCAAAGUAACCAACUACCUGACGUGGAUCCAGCAGAAAACGGGCGCUCAGUACUGUUGAUGUAAAACGUUUGUUUUCAAAGUCGAAAGGAAAAAGAACUUAAGUCAAAGUUUAUUAUUUCAUUUAAUUUCUGUGUUUUGUUUUUCUCCUUUCCUUGCUGAGUCUUCUUGUCUUUCUGACUGACCAGGGAGUAAAUUAUUAUUCAUCAGAACUCCACACUUCACGGAAUACAAAUGAAUAUAUGAGUGUCACUUCCAUCCAUACGUUUUUACCAGCAUUAGUCAUAGUAAAAUCUGUUAGAAAGUGAGGAAUUAAUUUUAUUUGAUAUCGUUGCCUUGAAGGAAUUAUCUGUCAGCUGAUGGAAGAAAAUAAAUGUCUUUUAGAGUGAA